AUGAACAAGAAGGAUACUUCUUUGGUGCUAGAAGAUGCACAAGAGGAGCAUACAUUUGAUCGUCGAUUUGAACCAAUCUUCCAACUUCAUCGCAAAUUUCCCUCUCGGUCGGGCCCGAAUCAAGUCGACAUCGUAAAACGAACUGCAAUUGGCUUCAUCAUUUCAGUAUUUCUCUCAGUCGGUCACGAAGAACCAGUAUUGGCGAUCUUACUCUCGCAAUCGUUGUCCAUCGAUAAGUUUUGGUGCCCUUCACCAUCGGCAAGUCGAUCGCUGUCUGAAUUCAUUGUGAGGAAGACCUCUGUCGGCCUCCACCGUCAAGCCGACGACCGCAAUUUCAGGCUCAAGUGUUUCAAGAGGUCGGAAAAUGCAAGAACUUAUAAAAAAGAAAUGGGAGAUGAUUUUGUUUCUGUUGAACAUCUUGUUUUGGCAUUCCCUUUGGAUAAGAGGUUUGGAAAGCAAUUGUUCAGCAACUUGCAGUUAAGUGAGAAGUCAUUAAAGGAUGUUGUGCAAGUUGUUCGUGGAAGUCAGAAAGUAACUGAUCAAAGUAAAAACAUUUACCUUCUUAGUUUCACUUUCACUGGUUAA